CAUACUGUGUGCUAUUGGUAUUGCCUUCUGAGACCUGUUUUUCCCAAAGCGCGAGGACGUUGCUCUACUUGGCUACGCCGUCUCUGUUGAGUUGAGGUCGACGAGUCUUCAUGUCGGGCCUCCCGCCGCCGCCCGACGGCCUACCGCCACCGCCUGCGGGUCUGCCGCCGCCGCCUGUAGGCCUGCCGCCGCCGCCUGCGGGUCUGCCGCCGCCGCCUGUGGGCCUGCCGCCGCCACCUGUGGGCCUGCCGCCGCCUCCAAUGUGCCUGGUCCCCCGCCUGGUGGUCCGCCUGCUGGUGUGCCGGGCCCGCCGCCUUGUGGUCCGCCCGCUAGUGUGCCGGGCCCGCCGCCUGGUGGCCCGCCCGCUAGUGUGCCUGGUCCUCCGCCUGGUGGUCCGCCUGCUGGUGUGCCGGGCCCGCCGCCUGGUGGUCCGCCCGCUGGUGUGCCUGGUCCGCCGCCUGGUGGUCCGCCCGCUGGUGUGCCUGGUCCUCCACCUGGUGGUCCGCCCGCUGGUGUGCCUGGUCCGCCGCCUGGUGGCCCACCUGCUGGCGUGUCUGGUCCGCCGCCUGGUGGCCCACCUGCUGGCGUGUCUGGUCCGCCGCCUGGUGGUCCGCCCGCUGGCGUGCCUGGCCCGCCGCCCGGAACACCGCCCGCGACCAUCCCUCGUCCACCACCUGGUGGCCCGCCCGCUACCAUCCCUGGCACGUCGCCUGGUGGCCCGCCCGCUACCAUCCCUGGCCCGUCGCCUGGUGGCCCGCCCGCUACCAUCCCUGGCCCGCCUCCUGGAGCACCACCCGCUACCAUUCCUGGCCCGCCGCCUGGUGGUCCGCCCGCUAGUGUGCCGGGCCCGCCGCCUGGUGGCCCGCCCGCUAAUGUUCCGGGCCCGCCGCCUGGUGGUCCGCCUGCUGGCGUGCCUGGCCCGCCGCCCGGAACACCGCCCGCUACCAUCCCUGGCCCGCCGCCUGGCCCGCCCGCUAGUGUACCAGGCCCGCCGCCUGGUGGCCCGCCCGCUAAUGUACCGGGCCCGCCGCCUGGAGCACCGCUCGCUGUCAUCCCUGGCCCGCCGCCUGGUGGUCCGCCUGCUACCAUCCCUGGCCCGUCGCCUGGUGGCCCGCCCGCUAAUGUUCCAGGCCCGCCGCCUGGUGGCCCGCCCGCUAAUGUACCGGGCCCGCCGCCUGGAGCACCGCCCGCUGUCAUCCCUGGCCCGCCGCCUGGUGGUCCGCCUGCCGGUGUACCGGGCCCGCCGCCUGGUGGCCCGCCCGCUAAUGUACCGGGCCCGCCGCCUGGAGCACCGCCCGCUGUCAUCCCCGGCCCGCCGCCUGGUGCCUGUUCCGCUGGCGAACCGGCCACCGGUUGAGGCCGCGACGCCACCGAGAAAGGCCCCGCGGCCUGCGGGGGUGAGCAAGUCGGAGCGCAAGGUCUCGCGGGUCUCGAUGCUCGCCGGCAACCUGGCGGGCCUUUUUGGCGGCCCAGCGGCUGGCUCGUCUGCGGCGCCUGGGCCUGUCCGGUCCGACGUGGCUGCGUCUGCCAAUGCCAUGCCGGUGUCGUCGGAGGAACGACUGAAGAAGGACCUGGAGGUGCUGCCGGAAGGGCACUCGGUGCUCAAGCUCCGCAACACGCUCCAGGUCCUGCUCAAGGGUGAGCAGCGACUCAACACAAUGGGCAUUUCCGAGCUUCGGCCCGAGAUGGCGGGCGGAGCCGAGAAGACCUCUGCCUUUGCCCGUGACGAGUCGGACGACGACGAGGCUGCGGCGUCGGUUGCCGAGCCGCUGCUGCCCGGCAUGGGCGGGCGCGGCGCGGUCGGCGCGCCCGCUCUGGAGGACAUCGAGAGCGGCGUCGAGGACGCCGCUGCCGCCGCCGCCGCCGCCGCCAAGAUCAACACCACCUCGGAGGCCGAGGCCCCUCCCACGGUGACGGUCACGUAUCAGCGGCGCCGCGAAACCGAGCAGCAGGUCCAGCUGCAAAUCUCGCCGUACGCGACGGUGGUGGAAGAGUUCCCGGCCUUUGUCGAAGCGUUUGGCAUUCCGCCCGAGGAGGCUGAGCUGCUCGGCGUCUACAUGCGGAUGGAGGCCGGCAUUGUCAAGGAGCUGCCGAUGAAUGACAUCUUCAUCAUGCACGCGGUUGCCAACGGCACCGUGCUCGAGCUCCGGCUCCGGUCGUCGACGUCCAAGGUCGGCAUUGUCAUCCAGGUCGCGGAUCCGUUCGCGGUCUACAUCCAGUACGACGCGCUGACGACGGUGCAGGACGUGCUCUCGCUGCUGUCGACGCAGCUCGCGGCGCGGUCGAUCUCGGUCGACGGCCUCGAGCUCUUCCUCCCGGCAGAACACCUCUGGCUCUCGCCGACGGAGACGAUCGCCUCGUACGAGCUCGGCGUGGAGGAGUACCUUGAACUCAAGGCGCGGCCGGCGGUGACCAAGACCAAGUCCAAGACGGUCAACGUCAAGAUCACCUUUGAGGCGACGGCGGACGACACGUCGGCUGCGGUCGACUCGAACCUCAUCCUCGCCGGCGAGAGCGUCAACAUGUCGGCGCGGAUGAAGCUUGCGCUGGACAAGACGGUAGCCGAGACGCUCCGGCUGAUCAACAAGAAGUUCCUCGUCAAGCACGUCCGUGAGUACGGCCUCGUCAUGUACCCGUCCAAGGACAAGUCGUCGGGCAUGUUCUUGCACAACGGAUCCUCGCUCGUGGACUACGCGCCGGUCCUAUCCAAGACCAAGGAGCUGUCGUUCCAGCGCCGGCUGCGGCCGUACACUGUCACAUUUUCGACCGGGCAGGUCGCGACGUACCGCUGGUCCGACGACACGUCUGUGCAGGACGUGCUCGACGCGCUGAGCAAGUCCGGUGGUCGGCCCGCGCUCGCGUCGGCUUCGCUCCCGGUCCGCGUCGUCACCAUCGAUGACACCUCGCUUGCGCUCGCCGAGGACCCCGCGCCGGUGGCCGACGCGGCGACGCCGUCGCGCUACGUCCCGCCGCCGCCGCCGGCCAACCCGCCGCCGCCGCCGCCAAUGCCGCCGGCCGACUGGCAGGGCAAGCGCGGGAAUGACCCGCACAAGUUUGCUACCCACCUCUUUGGCCUCUUCCUGCCGCUGCCGUACUUUAACAAGGCGGCGCCGAACACGCCGCUCAACCCGAGCUGGAAGCUUGGCGGGCUUGAACUCGGCUCGCAAGUCCGCAAGUGCGAGUACAAGCUCCUCUACCGGCGGAUCAAGCAGCCGAUCAAGGUCUACUUUGACGACCCGUCGCUCGGCCGGCUUGACCACGACUUUGAAGUCGACUUUUCGCACAAGGUCGUCAAGAUCAUUCCCAUCAUUUGCCGCCAGUUUGGCCUCCGCUUUCCGUACCACUAUGAGCUUGCCAAAGGCGACGUCUCAGGAAGCCUCAAGACCAUCCCGUACGAGGAGUCGCUGCUGCAGGCGCAGGUCCCGUACUCGUCGUGGGCCAUGCUCCGCCGCUUACCCGAGGACCAGAUCCCGCCUCCGCCCGAGGAGGAGGGCGAGGCAGUCAACAUCUGGGACUCGCUCCCGCCGUGCCCAGAAAACCUGGUGCCCAUCGAGGGCACGCCGCCGGGCACCGACCUCGACUCGGCCGGCAUCGAGCUCGCAUCGCUCAACAAGCUCGUCGAGCGGCUGACGCACUUUUCCAACCAUUCGAUGGAGUUCCAGAAGACCUUCCUCAUGACCUACGAGUCGUUCACCACCUCGGAAAUGCUCGUGACCAAGCUGCUCGAGCGGUACUACGUUCCACGGCCGGUCGGCCUCUCGCUCGCCGACUACCGCAAGCUCCGGUCGACGGUGACGCUCCGGAUCAUCAACGUCUUCCGCUCUUGGUUCCCCACCAGCUACGAAGACUUUUCCGACUCGCUCAAGGAGUUUGUCACCUCGUUCAUCACUUCGACGCUCGUCGAGGACGGGUGGGGCCCGCUCGCGGCGUCGCUCUACGCCAAAACCAUCCAGCAGGUCGAAGCCGCCGCCGCCGCCAAGGAGGACGACAUGAUUGCGCUCGCAUCCAUUGCAGCGUCGGCCGCCGCAAGCAGCUCCAAGAAGGGCAAAAAGUCGCUCUGGUCCUACGAUGAGGUCGAAAUCGCACAGCAGAUGUGUCUCAUCGACUUUUCCAUGUACAAGGUCAUCAAGCCGCGCGAGUUUAUUUCGCAGGGCUGGGAGCGCGAAAAGUACCACCACCUCUGCCCGCGGCUCAUGGCCUUUAUCGAGCACUUCAACAACAUCUCCAACUGGGCCAUCCUCUCCAUCGUCUCGCAGGACACGCUCAAGAAGCGGGUCAAGCGCAUGGAGAAGAUCAUCCGCGUCGGCAAGGAGCUUGCAGAGCUCAACAACUUUAACUCGCUCAUGGCCCUUGUGUGUGGCCUCAACACAGCUGCCAUGCUCCGCCUCAAGUACACCCGCGCAGGCCUCUCCAAGAAGGCCACACGCAUGCUCGAGGAGCUCGAGGCCAUCUGCUCAGCAGAGUCGUCGUACAAGUCGCUCCGCGCCCGCAUCGCUUCGGCCCAGCCGCCGUGCAUCCCGUACGUCGGCGUGUACAUGCAGGACCUGACCUUUAUCAACGACGGCAACGAGAACACCGUCAACGGCCUCAUCAACUUUGGCAAGCGCCGCCUCGUCUUUGACCAGAUUGCCAAGAUCCAGCUCUACCAGCAGACUGGCUGGGACUUUCCGCGCAUCCCCAUGGUUUACCGUACCCUUGUCCACCCGACCCCGGGUGUGUCUGAGAACGACUUGUACCAGCUCUCGCUCCUCCGCGAGCCGCGAGGCUGCUCCAAGUCGGAUGUGAAGUAACUCUCCCCUACCCCCUUUACCUGCACAGUCGUUCGGGCACACGGUCGCGCCCGUGUUUGCGCGCCUCAAAAUGAACUCCACGGUGCACAUCA